UCCACGAGGCGCCCAAGUUCACCGUGGAGACGCUGGAGCACACGGUCAACAACGACUCCGAGAUCUGGGGGCUCCUGCAGCCUUACCAGCACCUCAUCUGCGGGAAGAACGCCAGCGGCGGCCACCACAUGAGCGGUGGGGUGGACAAGGGGUCGGUGCUGGCACGGCCACCGGGUUGCCCAGCUGAGCGACCGCAGGAGCUGUAAACGGCAGACACUUGGAAAUCCUUGAGUCUGGGCCAGAGCCACGGCGGGCGCCUGACCCGCCAGCUCGAGCUGGGAAGGGAAGCCGGUCCCUGGGGGCCUACGCUGUCAACAGACACACGGCCUGGCAUGGACGCCGGCCAAAGAAGCCCGCCCCACCUGGGGCUGGUGGCCUUGGCUUUCUCUGCUUCCCUCCCCUCCCAGGGCCCAUUGUCUGAGUGUCCCAGCUCCGUCCUGACCAGCUCCCUGACUGUACCACCCCCCUGGCCGCUUACCCUUUCCAUUUCUGCCUCCUCACCUUUUAAAAAUAGCACUGCCUACAUCGGAAGACUGUCAUGAGGGUUAAAGGAGGUAAUACAUGUAAAGCAUUUAGAAUCAUGCUUGCCCCUUUAUGACCUUGGGCAAGCCACUCUUUGAGCCUCAGUUUGCUUAUCUGUAAUGUGGGCACAAAAUAGCACUUAGUGCACAGGGAACAUGAAAGGCUUGAAUAUGACAAUGUAUGUAAAACACUUGGCUUAGCCCAGAAACUGGUGCUCUCUCUCCCCUCCCGUAUUGAUUAAUUCUUGCUGUGUAACAAAUCACCCUGAAACUUAGUGGCUUGAAACAACAACUACUUAUAAUUGCUCACGUAUCUGUCAGGCAGGGGACGCAGUGGGAAUAUUCUACGCUUGACUGGGCCGCUGUGCUUUAAGCCACAGAUCCAGCGGGGUGAGGCUCCUCGCUGAGGUUAGGACUCAGAUCUGCUCCAUGUGUGCCCCGCCUCGGGGACCACGUGAGAGCUGCCCCAGGGGACACGCUUCUCAUGCCAUGCAGAGAUGCAAGAGCAUGCACAUGCAAGGACUCUUAAGGCUUAGGCUGGGGCAAUGCCGUCCUUUCUGCCUCAUUCUGUUGGUAAAAAAAAAUUACAUGGUCAGCCCCAAAGUCAAGGAGCAGAGAAAUAGACUCUGGUCCUUUAGUGGCAGGAGCUGCAAAGUCACAUGACAGGGGGUGUGAAGAAUCGGGGACAUUAAUGGGAUCUGCCCAGCCCCCCAAGAACCUCCAGAAUGGGAACGACGACAUGAGAACUUCCAGUAAGGCGGAGUGAUUCAGAAAUCCUUUGUCUUUUCAACUGAACCAUGGACACUAGGCCUGAAAUACUCGCUGGGUUGCUGCUCCAGAUUGCCCGGGAUGUGGUGUGGGUUUGCCUCCCAGGAAUGCUGGGCACAUAUGGAGGAUGGGUGCAGUAAGGCUGGACUGCAGAGCCCUGGAAUGGCCCCCACCCCCCAAUGGAACUUGUCCUUGCAACAAAAUAAAUAAAACUGUCGACUGGAAAAAUGAGAGGAAAGCCGACCAAAUAUGAUAAACUGUCUCUUACUGGGUAUUGUGCUCCUUACAGUGAAACCCCAAGCGGAUGCUAAAAAUGUGUGCAGCUUUGUGAGGAGACGAGCGUGCUCCGUGUGGCCGAGAUUUUCUGAGAAAGGAGUGCUGUGCCUACCAGACAGCCUGAAUCUGCACAGGGACCCGCAGCGGGCAAACAAGCCGGGAGAAAUGCCCAUGUUCAGCCAGUCGGAGCUGAGGACCAUCGAGCAGUCCUUGCUGGCCACCCGCGUGGGCAGCAUCGCAGAACUGAGCGACCUGGUGUCCCGAGCAAUGCACCACCUGCAGCCCCUCAAUGCCAAGCACCACGGCAACGGCACCCCCCUGCACCACAAGCAGGGGGCGCUCUACUGGGAGCCUGAGGCCCUGUACACCCUUUGCUAUUUCAUGCACUGCCCGCAAAUGGAGUGGGAAAAUCCCAACGUGGAGCCUUCCAAAGUCAACCUCCAGGUGGAAAGGGCUGACGACUGCUUUUUUGCUUCUCGGAAGCUGGACGCAGUAGCCAUCGAAGCCAAGUUUAAGCAGGACCUGGGUUUCCGGAUGCUGAACUGCGGGCGGACGGAUCUGGUGAAGCAGGCGGUGUCGCUCCUGGGGCCCGAUGGGAUCAACACCAUGAGCGAACAGGGCAUGACCCCCCUGAUGUACGCCUGCGUCCGUGGGGACGAGGCGAUGGUGCAGAUGCUGCUGGAUGCCGGAGCUGACCUGAAUGUGGAGGUUGUCAGUACUCCUCAUAAAUAUCCAUCCGUCCACCCCGAGACCCGCCAUUGGACGGCUCUGACUUUUGCUGUGUUGCAUGGACAUAUUCCUGUAGUUCAGCUCCUGCUGGACGCCGGGGCCAAGGUCGAGGGCUCUGUGGAGCAGGGCGAGGAGAACUACUCGGAGACGCCCCUGCAGCUCGCAGCCGCCGUGGGCAAUUUUGAGCUGGUUAGUUUGCUGUUGGAGCGAGGUGCGGACCCCUUGAUAGGAACCAUGCACAGGAAUGGAAUUUCUACAACCCCCCAGGGGGACAUGAACUCUUUCAGCCAGGCCGCAGCCCACGGACACAGGAACGUGUUCCGCAAACUGCUCGCCCAGCCAGAGAAGGAGAAGAGUGAUAUCCUGUCCCUGGAGGAGAUUCUGGCCGAGGGGACAGACCUGGCGGAGACAGCCCCGCCCCCCCUGUGCGCCAGCCGCAACAGCAAGGCCAAACUGAGAGCCCUGAGGGAGGCCAUGUAUCACAGCGCUGAGCAUGGCUACGUGGAUGUCACAAUUGACAUCAGGAGCAUCGGUGUCCCGUGGACCCUGCACACGUGGCUGGAGUCCUUGCGGAUCGCCUUCCAGCAGCACCGCAGGCCCCUCAUCCAGGGCCUGUUGAAGGAGUUCAAGACCAUCCAGGAGGAAGAGUACACGGAGGAGCUCAUCACCCAGGGCCUGCCCCUCAUGUUCGAGAUCCUGAAAGCCAGCAAGAACGAAGUGAUCAGCCAGCAGCUGUGUGUCAUCUUCACUCACUGCUACGGGCCCUACCCCAUCCCCAAGCUCACGGAGAUCAAACGGAAGCAGACCUCGCGCCUGGACCCUCAUUUCCUCAACAAUAAAGAAAUGUCUGAUGUCACCUUCCUGGUGGAAGGAAGACCGUUUUAUGCUCACAGAGUGCUGUUAUUUACAGCCUCUCCGAGGUUCAAAGCGCUGCUCUCCAGCAAGCCAACAAAUGACAGCAGCUGCAUAGAGAUCGGCUAUGUGAAGUACCCCAUCUUUCAGCUGGUCAUGCAGUACCUCUACUACGGUGGCCCGGAGUCGCUGCUCAUUAAAAACAACGAGAUAAUGGAGCUUCUGUCUGCGGCUAAAUUUUUCCAGCUGGAGGCUCUGCAGCGACACUGUGAGAUUAUCUGUGCCAAAGGCAUCAACACGGACAACUGCGUGGACAUUUACAACCACGCCAAGUUCCUCGGAGUCACCGAGCUCUCCGCGUACUGUGAAGGCUACUUUCUCAAAAACAUGAUGGUCCUCAUUGAGAACGAGGCGUUCAAGCAGCUCCUCUACGACAAGAAUGGCGAAGGCACGAGCCAGGAUGUGCUGCAGGACUUACAGAGGACGUUGGCCAUCAGGAUUCAGUCCAUCCACUUGUCGUCUUCCAAAGGCUCCGUCGUGUGAAGCGUCCAGUGCAGGGACCACUCCCCGGGACGUGCCAGUGCUCCUGCUGCGCCGGCUCCACACAAACACACAUUUCACCUGGUGUCUGCUUUUGGCUGGGCCAGGGAGCUGCCUCUACUGCCUUGGAUCCCCUUGAAUAAGCAAAUUCAGCUCCACGGGUUUCUGUUGAAAAACAGAGGACAUUCCACUGGCCUGCAGAGCAGAGCGCAGCUGGGUCCAGAGCUUGAAGGCCAACAUGGGGCCACCAAGCUAACCCCAUUCGAAGGCACUGCUGGGUCGCUGAGCAUCUGUUGUGGGGACCACUGACAGAAGGACGGACUGGGAACCUCAGGUCGUCUAGGUUCCAGGUGGGCAGCUGGAACACCUAACUGCAGAGAGUUGUGUUACCCACCGAGGACCGCAGCAGCCACAGCUGAGCAAGAGUCAACCCUGAUCGCAGAUUGGUGAGACUGUUACCAAUAGCGAAGAAAUAAUUUGACAAAUUUUUAGGGGUGGGGACUUUUUAAAAUGUUCAUUAACACACACACACACACACACACACACACACACACACACACACAGGGCAGCCUGUAGUUUAAAAUAUAUUUCUAAAAGCAUAACAGUUCUAUUUCAACUGAAUUGUGUUUAGGGAUCUGUGUUUUGAGAUUUCUUUUUCUUUAAAACAACAACAACAACAGUAAGACACAGGUCCACACUGUAUAAACCUGCAUCUGACAAGAUCUUGCUGAUAUUCUAUCCAAGGUGAAAUCAUACUCCUGCCUUAGUGAUCACGGUGACACAGAAGAGGUGCACUGCCAAUAGCUCUCUCUCACUCAGUAGUCGAAAACAGCCUGCAUGCUAGUUGUGGUUUCGGGGUGAGAUUGAAAUAGCCCCGCAUAAGAAAACAUGCAUUUGCAUGGACCGCACCUGUGAAAUGUUAUGUUUGUGCUUCAUUUUUGCCAAGGUAAAAAAAAACAAAAAACAAAUAUUCCACCA